AUGACCGCCACGCCGAGGAAACGGGCUCUGCCGAUCGACCUCGCUCUCGCCAACCCAUCUCGCCCGGCUCAGUCUCUUCGAAGCGACUUCACCUCGUCUCUCUGGCAGACAGACCUUUCUCGACAGACGGCGUAUCGAGCGCACCAUAGCUGUGUCAACGCGCUCGCAAUUGGGCCGGCAGAAGGCGGACGCUGGCUCGCAAGCGGAGGAGACGACCGGAGAAUCCUGCUGUGGGACACGACAGCGGAGGAUCAGGGUGCGGGAGUCGCGGCAGAGCCAGUUGCAUCGUAUGUCGGAGCUCAGAGCAACCUCUUCGCGAUCGCGUUCUCCUGCGACGGCCAACGGAUCUUCGCCGCCGGAAACGACUCGUCCAUCCUCGAGUACGACCUCGAGACGACGCGGCAGGUCUUCCCUUCCCCUCUGCACUCCGGCAUCCCUCCGUGCGACGGCUGGUUCGACCACGACGACUCGAUCAUGGGUCUCGCCGCGCACCCAACUAAUCCUCACCUCUUCCUCGCCGCUUCCGCCGACGGUACCCUGCGAAGUCACGAUGCUCGCUCGCCUGACCCCGUCAGCAUACUACCAGAUCGAUGCGGAAUGAACGACAUCGCCUAUCACCCGCUCCAACCCGAGCUCAUGGUCUACGCAGGAGACGAUGGGCAGAUGGGCUUGCUCGAUGCGAGGACAGCCUGGCGAGAUCCCACCUCGAUUCCUGCCGCGCGCAUCAACCUCGCACGAGAUGUCGCGGUCGUGCAGUACGAAGCACGCAUCACGCGCCGCAAGACCGCCUCCGACCCUCUUCGAUCCGCUUAUCCCGGCGUCUCGUCUGCCGUCUUCUCUCCAUCGGGCUCGGUCAUUUGCGCCACAUUGUCCGGUCAUCUUCCGACCCUCUACGAGCUCAACGACCCUUCUCCUCUCGCGACCUUCUCCUCGCCCGGCCCGCCAGACUCCGCUCCUCCCGCUCGCCCCUCAUCUCCCCCACCCAUCAAACGCCACACCGCCCUCUCCUUUCCUCACGGCUAUCGCAACACCACGACUACGAAGCACGGCUCAUUCGGUGGACCGGUCGGCGCAGCACCAGGAGAAGGAUUGUUGUACGCUGCGGGCUCGGACGACUUCAGGGCUUAUGUGUGGAAGGUGCCAAGCCUGGAGGCGUUGAGAGAGCAGAGGUGCAAGGUCGAGAAGGAUCAGCUGCAGACGGGCGACAUCGUCUUCCGAAAAGAUGACAGUGCGCCGUUUUUGCGACCAGCUUCGAUCUCUCCCGCCUCGUCUAUCCUCACUGGUCACCGCUCGAUCGUCAAUACCGCGCUCUUCCACCCGAACCUCCCGCUUCUCUACACCUCGGGCGUUGAGAAAGUCAUCGUCCGUCACUCUGCUCCAACUACCGGUCUCCUUACCGCACCUGCGCCCACAUCCGAAUCGACAACCGCCUCGACCGUCUCCGCUCCUCCUCAACCCCCUCCGCCUCCCUCCUGGUCCUUCACCCCUCGCUCUCCCGCCUCUCACUACACCCACCCAGGCCUCUUCGGCCCACCCGACCCAGCACUCGACGCCGCCCUCCAAGCCGGCGAGACUCCCGCGCAACGCGAGGUCCGCCUGCGCGAGGAAGAUGUGAGCGUGUUGGAGUACUUUGAUGGAUUGGUCGAGGGGGAAGGGGAGGAGGCACUGUGGGACGAGGAGGGGAUGAGGUUUGCCGGGGACUCGGAGAGUGAGAGCGGCGACGAGGAGGACGAGGAGCUCGAUAGCGACGAGGAGGCGAUGGUGCGCGAGAUUCUUGAGGGACAGGGAUUGGAGGGGACGACGCGGAGGAUGCUCAACGCGAUCUACCAGCUACGUCAAACAGUGGGGGAGAGUAGCGACGAGGAUGACUCGAGCGACGAGUCAGGCGAGUCAGGCGGCGCAGUAGAGGAGAGGAGCGGCGAAGACGGGGAAUGA